AUGAACAACCUGGAGCUCAACUCUCUCAAGACAGUGGAGAUGAUAGUGGAUUUCAGGAAGGACCCAGCCCCCCUCCCCUCUGUCAUCCUCUGUGACUCUCGGGUGAUGUCUGUCGAGUCCUUCCGCUUCCUGGGCACCACCAUCACCCAGGAGCUCAAGUGGGAGCAGAACAUCAUGUCCCUCACCAAGAAGGCUCAGCAGAGGAUGUAUUUCCUGCGGCAGCUGAAGAAGUUUCUCCUCCAUUCAAAGAUAUUGGUGAACUUCUACACUGCCAUCAUCGAAUCUAUCCUCACAUCCCCCAUCACAGUCUGGUUUGCCGGAGCUACAGCCAGGGACAAGGCCAAGCUGCAGUGUGUCAUCCACUCUGCUGAGAAGGUGAUUGGCUGCAGUCUCCCAUCUCUCCAGGAGCUGUGCAUCUCCAGGACCCGGAGACGUGCAGCCAAGAUCGCAGCCAAACCCCUCUCAUCCGGGAAAAGAACUCUAUCAGUCCCUCCCCUUUGGCAAGAGGCUCCGGUCCAUCAGGACCAGGACCUCACACCACAAGAACAGUUUCUUCCCCACUGCAGUCAGCCUGCUGAACAAGUUGAAAUGCUUAAUAUAAAAAGCUUAAUCUACCAAAACUAUCAAAAGCCAGAGAUAGAGGAGCAGUCAUUUACAGCAUUGGAGAAGGAGUUCCAGGAUGUAUUGGAUGAACUGGUAGAACAUGGAGAAGAAUGGAAGCAUAUGGAGAAGUUCAAAUUGAAAUAUGAAAAGGUCAUCACUGCCCUGAAGAAGUCACACGAGAAUGAAAAAAGGCUGAUGACAAGGUGCCAAGCGCUGAAUGCAGAGAUAAGCUCCAGCUCUGUCCAAGUGGAGACGGCGCUGAAGCUCUCUCAUGAAGACCAGGCCACCAUUAGGUCACUAAAAAAGGAAAUCGAGAAGGCUUGGGAAAUGGUGGAUGAGGCCAGUGAAAAGGAGAAGGAGACUAAAGAAACAAUGUGGAAUCUACGGGAGCAAAUAAACACCCUGACUGAAAUUGUUGCGGAAAGAGCACGCACAGCUGAAGAGGAGACCAGGGACAGUCUAUUGAAAAUCAAGGAGCAGCUGACGGCUGAGAGAGACAAGCUGCUCUCAGAGCUGGUGACUCUUCGAGAGAGUUAUGAAACGACCAGAACUAAGCGAUAUGAGGCUGAGGAGGCGAAUAUGAAGGCCAAGAAAGCCAUCUCACAGCUGCAGCAAGAAGUCAAGGUGCAUCAGAAGGAGUGCAAGAAGGAAACCCGUCAGAAACAGAAGUUGGAGAAGGAUCUGAAAGAGCUUUAUACAGACGUUGAAGCUCAGAAGGAGGAAAUUGAAAUGCUAAACGCACAAUGCCAGCGUGGCAAUGAUGAGCAGCAGAGGCUGGAGCAGCAGCUCCAUGAGCAAAAGAUUCUGACCGAGAAAGUCUCUAAGGAGCUGGAGCAGCUGCAAGUGCGCAACACUGGACUCCAGCAGGAGAAGGACCAGAACCUGCUCAGAUUAGAGCAGCUCACCGAUGAAAAUAGCCAACAAGCCAUUAAACUGAAGCUGGAGAGAGAGAAGGUGAAUCAGAUGAAGCAGGAGAUUGCUAAGAUUGUUAAGAUAAGGGAGGCCACUCAGAAGAAGCUACGUCUGAUGGAGGACCAGAAACUGGAGGUGGAACAGCAGCGAGAGACACUAAAGAACCAGAUCACAGGCCUGGAGAAAGAAAUGGUGAUGGCCCAAAAACAGAAAGAGAGUGACAAGAAGAAAAUAGAUGAACUGAUGCGAGAGAAUCGCAUGCUGAAAAGGAAUAUGAUCAAGGCAACAAAAGUCACUGAGCAGCAGACACACUUGGUGAAGGUGAAAGAGCAGGCGAAAAAGAAGCUGGAUCAGGACAUUCUGAAUUACCGAGACGAGGCAGAGAAGCAGCGCAAGACCAUUCUUCAGCUAGAAAAGGAACAGGAUCGUUACAUCAAAGAAGCUAAAGACCUCAAAAAGAAGGUCUUAUCACAUAUGGAGGAACUCAAAGUGAAAACGAUGAAGAUCUCUAAAUAUAAGAAGAAGGUCGCUGAGUUGGAGACAAACCUCAAGCAGCAGAAUAACCUGUACGAUGAGGUCAGGGUUGAACGCCACAAGUACAGGAAGAAUCUGCAAGAUGCUCAGCAUGAAAUCAUGGAUAUGAAGGACAAGAUGAAUUCCAUGAGCGAAGAGACUGGUCAGCUCACAGAGGAGAUCAAGAGGAAAGAGGCAGCACUGGUCAAAGAACAGCUUGAGUUUCAGCGAAUAGAGAAAGAACAGGAGGCUCUUAAGGCUGAGCUUCAGAAGAUGAAGCAGCAGGCUCAAGAGACCAAGGAGUAUAUGGACAAUCAAAAGGUAGAAGUGAAAAGGUUGCUGAAAGUCGUAGCUGAUGCUGAUGCAGAGACAGCGCUGCUGAAGAAAGAACUGGAUCAGGUAAUCAGCGAGCGGGAUAAUCUCGGGACUCAGCUGGUGCGGAGGAACGAUGAACUGUCAGUGCUUGAUGAGAAGAUCAAAAUCCAGCAGUCCAUCUUGAAAAAAGGCGAGAUCCAGUACAACCAGAGGGUGGAGGACAUGCGUGUGCUCAAGCUUGAGAUCAUUAAUCUGCGGAGGGAGAAGAGAGUCCUCAACAAAACUGCAUCCAAUGUGGAAAAACUCAAGCAGGAGGUGUCUUACACGCAAAAGGAGCUGCUUAAGGAGCAAGCAAGAUGUCAAAGCUUGCAAGAAGAGCUUGAAAAUCCCAUGAAUGUUCAUCGCUGGAGACGACUAGAGGCGAGUGACCCGGACACCUUUGAGCUGAUCCGGAGGAUUCACUGUCUUCAGUGGGACCUGAUAUCCAAAAGGAAGGAGGUAGAGCAGCAAGAUCGUCUACUCCUGGAGAAAGAGAAGCUGAUUGACAAACUGAAGGACACUUUAGCUCGUCAGCCCGGUCCAGAGGCAGCUGAAAAACUCCAGAUCUGCCAGCAAACACUGACAAAAAAGACCAAACAGUUCAUGUUGCUGUCAGCUGAGCUCAACAUGUACAAGUCUCAGGCACAGGAGUACAAGAAUGAGAUUGAUCGUCUGACCGGUGAGCUACCGGACGUGAAGAAGAAGAAUUUCAUGCAGAAACGCAAGGAACAGGCAAAAGUAAAGGAGUAUGACGGAGUUUUCUACACCCCGCAACAGUGCCUCAACGCAUCAAGGUUUAAAGGAGGAGGCUUCAACUUACAGCCGGGCAACAAAUUUGUCUGA